AUUGUAUAUAGAUUAUAGAAAUGCAGAAAUUAAGAAAACCAACUACUACUACUACUACUACGGUAUUAUAAAAACAGCUAUAUAGCAGAACUCGAGACUCCCACCCCUCUCCCCAAUUAGUAAAAUCAGUGGAGAUUUGCAUAAUUUCACUAUGCAAAGCCUCCUCUCAAGUGAUGAAUAAAAAAGCCGCGAGAAAGAGAAGAGGAGAGAGAAACGAGGGGAGAGAGAGAGAGAGAGGGAGGGUUUAGUGAUGGGGAGAAGCCCGUGUUGCUCAAAGGAGGGGUUGAACAGAGGGGCAUGGACUGCUACUGAAGACAAGAUUCUCAAAGACUACAUUACCCUCCAUGGCGAAGGCAAGUGGAGAAACCUUCCUAAGAGAGCAGGGCUAAUGAGGUGCGGGAAGAGUUGUAGACUGAGAUGGUUGAAUUAUCUGAGACCAGACAUUAAGAGAGGGAACAUUUCUCACGAUGAGGAAGAGCUCAUCAUCAGGCUUCACAAGCUCUUGGGGAACAGAUGGUCUCUGAUAGCUGGGAGGCUUCCAGGGCGAACAGACAAUGAAAUAAAAAACUACUGGAACACCAACUUAUGCAAGAAAUUAUCCAACCCAAAAAACCCAAAGCAUUCUUCUGAUCAUCAUCAUGAGAAGAAAAACAAGAUCAGCAAGUCCAAAAAUAACAUGGACCCACAGCUCAAGAAAGAAUCAUCCAAUGUGGUCCGGACCAAGGCAGUAAGGUGUUCCUCCAAAGUCCUCAUGAUCAGCAAUCCUCCUCCACAGCCAGACAAGAAAACCGAUCAGCCAAUGGCCAACUCUUCCAUGGAUAAGCAGCCACUGGAUAUGAUUGUCCGAGAAGUAGAGGAUAAUAAUAAUAACUCGAGGGAUUUUGGUUUGGAUGGAGAUAUAGGGGAAGGGGAUGUUUGGUUGUCAGGGUUUCUGAAUUCUGAGGAACUUCUAAUGAUUUCUCAUGAGGAGAAUACUAUGGAGGAUUGGAGUGGAAACAGUUUCCUCGAUCAACCGAAUUCAAAUCCCCAUGAUUUGACUUAUUUUCUCGAGUGUGGAGGUGAUUGGCUAGCAGAUAAUUAAUCCCAUAUGAUCGAGUCGAUUAAAUUAGUUAAACCCAGGUUAAUUAGGUGGUGUUAAAACUAAAUAAACUCUCUGUGGCUUUGUACUUGGUUUGAAGAAUCUCAUUAGAAAAUAUGAAUAAUUGCUGCAUGUAUUUUUGUGCUUUCUUGUAAUGCGGUGAUCACGCGUGGUUAUUUUUACUGUUAGUUUUAUCGCUAGAGCUGGGAUAUAAAUUUACAUAAUUUCACGGUCA